AUGAACCAGAGGCCACAUCUCUCUGCUAAGGCCACUGCCUUGGACCGACGCCACCAUUACCCUGGCUCUGGCCCUGAACACAUGGAGCUGAGGCAGGACGCCAGCUUCAAGGAGAAUGUACCCCCCAAGCCCUCGGCUCCUCUGAGACCAGAGUCACAGAGAUCUCUGAAGAGCCUGGGCAGUGGGCAUGGUCAGCAGGUACCCGUGCACCAGGCCAGGAGGGGAGGGCCUGCCUUCACACCGUCCAUAGGGGCAAUGCUUCACCGGGAGCCCUGCCCCAUCCAGACCAACCUGGCCAGACCAGGCCUGAGCCCUGGCCUCACCCUGGGGGACAAGACUGGCCAGAGGAAGAGGGUCAACUCAAGCUUCCUGCAACAGAGCAACCUGCAGCCCUGGGCUGGUAGGCCUCACCGGAGAACCUGGAGUUUUGCCUUCCAGCAAAGCAACCUUAGCCUGAACAAGGUCAGCUUGGCCUCCUAUGGAAACCACUCCAGCCCCUGCUUCUGGCCAGAACCUCAGGGGAGCUUCGAUCCCCAUACUCUGCCGCGGGGAAAUCACCUCUACCAAAGUGGACAGCUGACCUGUCCCUCCCUCAGCCUGAGGCAGUCUCGGCCACCAGCUCCAAACACCCCCUGCCCGGACUUCAUUCCUCAAGAUGGGUACCCAAGGCCAGGCCUCAGCUCCUGGCGUGCCCUGGGUAGAUGGGCUUCCGGGGCCGUGGGUGAGCCCCUCACCCUGGAGGAUCUGACUGUCCCUGCACAGAGCCAGGCUAGGACCCUGUCCCGUGCUGACAUCCACCAGUUGCUGGCCUCCGUGCGACACCUGGAGCUCGAGGCAGACCGAUUCAGUUGUUGUACAUCCCAAGAGCUCCUGGUGGCCCCUGCCUACCCCCAGCCCAGCCAGCCUGAGAAGCAGAGCUGGCAGCUGCUGCCCAGAUGUUUCAAAGCCUGGCGACACUUGGUGCAGAGGGGCUGGGCAGUGGCGGCGGUGGAGGCUCUGUACCACAGACAGCUGUUGAAAAAGGUCCUCAGGACGCUGCGGUGGACCCUAUACCUCCGGGAGGCAAGGCUGAAUGCAGCGUGGGGGCGGCACAUAAAGGCCCUGCUGGCCCAGAGCUUCAGAGAGGUCAGGGGCCUCCAGGUUCGGCUGGGAGGGAAAUGGAGAAAGCUGGCUGCGCGGCUGAAGCAGGAGCGGUCCCAUGUCCAAGGUGCACCAGGGCACCCCAGCUCUGGGACAGGCUGGGAUCUAGGCCCCUCCGGAAGGGAGGCAGCGGUGUACUCCACCCGGAGCAGCAGGUGCUUUGGGGUCUGGCAUCAGUUUGUGCAAAGAGAAGCCCAUUGCCGAGACCACCUGGCUGACCGCCGGGUAAGGACCCUGAACACGUGCUUGCAACAGUGGGUGCAGAUGAAACAGCUCCGUGUCUUAGAUGGCAUGAAGGUGACCCAGCUGUCCCUCUGCCGACAGAAGACAGCCCUCCCUGGCCCAGCCCCUGGAGCAGCCGCGGCCCAGGACCCUGGGGCCGUGGCCCAGGCCCAGGGGCCGCUCCUAGGGCGAGGUCGGGGCUCCCUGCAGGAAGCCUGUCGGAAGCUGGCCCUCCAGCGGGCACUUCAACUCUGGAGGAUGCAGCUCUCCCAGUGCCAGCAGGCCAAGUAG